CUGAGCCGAAGCAACAUCUCAAACUCGGAGAGAACAGAAAGAGGAUCACAUGAAGUGAGAUGACCUGAGCAGAAAAAAAAGGAAGGAAGACCACCACAAAGGCAAGGCAAGAAAAGUGAAAUAUUUCAGUAAAAAGGAGAGAUCAGAAACAGAUAGAAUCGAAAGUGAAAGAGUCACAGCUCAAAGGAAGGAAUCUUUCAACCUGGAAGAAGAGGUGAACCACUGCUCAAGGCAAACUGACGUCAUUAAAAUAAACCUUCCUGCAUUUUCUGUUUGGUUUUCUCGACAUGGUUCCUCUGCUUUUGCUGUAUGUGGGAGCACUGCUGUCGUCGGAUGCGUCUCCGACCUGCUCACAUCCCCACUGCAGGGACAGUCUGGUGGCUGUACCCGUCUCACCUGGAAUGGGAGCUGGAGGGGAUACUGGAGCCUGCGAGGGUCAAACUGGGACACCAGACUGCCCAAUGAUGGUUUCACUUCCAGCCAUUUCGGACGCUCCUGUAAAGGCGAAACAUAGGCAUGAAUUUCCCCUGGUUCAUCCUAAACCUGGAGAUGUCAAAGAGCGUCUGCUCCAGCUACAGCGCUGCAUGCACUCUUUCCAGGAAACAGUAGAUCCGUGGGGUCACAGGGGCCAGGAGAGCAGCUCUCUGGGGGCCAUCCUGGCACUAAUGGCAUCUGUGCUGACAGAGUGUGACCUCCACUGUCACAGCCAGGCCCUUGGGAUGAUGGCCAAGCGACUGGAGAGUGUAGCCACAGGACGGAAGGGAGAGAAAGAUCUGUUGCUUUUCUUGAAGAGCAUCACUCAGUAUCCACCUACAGUUGCCCCCUUGGAAAGGUUACAUCCACAGGACUGUGCAGAGAUUUACAGACUUGGAAUUAAGGAGAACGGAAUCUACACCAUCCAGCCUGACCUGCACAGGCCGCUGCUGGAGGCUAAAUGUGACAUGGAGACAGCAGGCGGUGGAUGGACAGUGUUCCAAAAUCGACAGGACGGCUCUGUGGACUUCAACAGGACAUGGCAGGAGUACAGGGAAGGCUUCGGUAGUCAACAGGGAGAACACUGGCUGGGGAAUGCGGCACUGCACGCGCUGACCUCCACUGGUCAACACCAGCUACGUAUUGAGCUGGAGGACUGGCAUCAACAGAGACGACAAGCUACUUACAACAACUUCAAAGUUGGCACAGAGGCACAGAGGUAUCGUCUGACAGUGCGGGAUUACACUGGUGAUGCAGGCAAUGCCUUGAGCUACAGUAAGAGCUACAACCAUGACGGCAGAGCCUUCAGUACUGCUGAUCAAGACAAUGACCGUUAUGCAGCUGGAAACUGUGGUCAGUACUAUGGUGCUGGCUGGUGGUAUGAUGCCUGCUUGGCAGCUAAUCUGAAUGGACGGUAUUACCACGGUCGCUACAGUGGAGUGACCAAUGGGAUCUACUGGGGAACAUGGUACAUCCUUACAGACACCCGAACUGGAGAACGCUACUCUUUCAAGAGAGUGGAGAUGAAGACAAGGCCUAGAAACUUUGCAGUACAGUAGCAGAAAUGACAAAGAGAGUAAUGGGGAAAUCUGACACUAUAUCAUUGUGUAGAAACAUCAUGUCAACCACAGGUGAGAAGUUUAUUUUUCAAUGGUUAGGUUAUUUUGGCCCGUCUCAUUAUUUGUCAAUUUAGGGAAGCCUCUGUCAUUUUUUAUAUGCAGGUUGUGUAGCAAACGAUAAUGUAAUAAUGGCCAACAAAUAAAUGAAAGAAUGCCAAAAAUGUUCUUUAGUAUCACACAGCAGGUUAUUUGAUGCUAAAACUAUGUAGAUGAGUCUUAUAUUUGUAUACUAAACAGAAAUGAGUAAGAACAAUAUGCAACCUUUGUUUAAACCAUAGUGGUUUCACAAAACACACGCACUCACUCAUCUUCAACUGCUUAUCCAAGAACAGGUUGCGAGGGGCUGGAGCCUAUCCCAGCAGUUAUAGGGCGUGAGGCGGGGUACACCAUGGACAGGACGCCAGUCUGUCGCAGGGCCACAUAUAAACAAACACAUUCACACUUGCACACAUACCUACGGACAAUUAAAAGUUUAUAGUCCACCUAACCUGCAUGUCUUUGAAUGUGGGAGGAAGCCGGAGCACACG